GUAGAACUGAAAAUGGCGACCAACAUGUGUCGACGUCUUGGUAGAGGUCUCUUUUGUCACUCUUUGUCAAGGGGACGGCACACACGCCUUGUUUGCUCUUUACCACGAGUAAUCUUUGCUUCUAACAAACACCUGCAGAGUACAUUUCCUGGGAGUAACUCCUUUGAAAAAAUGCGACCUGCUCUUGUGGGUGUUCGCAUGUUCGCUGACGCAGGAACGGCAUUGACAAGAGACGAAAUUCAGACACGGGCGAUGGAUGUUUUAAAACUUUUUGACAAAGUGAAUCCUGAAAAGGUUUCGAGUAAGAGUCACUUUGUCAACGAUCUUGGUUUGGACAGUUUGGAUGUAGUGGAGAUUGUCAUGGCACUGGAAGAUGAAUUUGGUAUUGAAAUUUCUGAUGAAGAGGCUGAAAAGGUUUUCACUGUAGAAGAUGCCGUAGAGUUCAUAUCCAAGGCACUAGAUAUACAUUAACACGAGCAAGGUACUCAGCCAAGCCCAGCACUCAGAUGUAAAUGGAUUUCACUGUCUACUGAAACUGACUGCUUUUCCUGUGAAUUGUCUGUUGUUUUGUUCAUUGUUGUGUCUGAAGCAACUUAAAGUAAACCACUUUUUUAAUGAUAAUUUCUAUAUUACAGUAUUCUACCAAAUGGAGAGGAGAUCGGAUGACUAUGUGCUUUGUGAAAUUACAUUGGAGGCUUCCCACCUCUAUUGCUUCUCAUUUGUUUUAAUUUGAGUUGUUUGGUGUUUUAUAGGCUCUCAGUUUGAUUGGUAAAUCAAGUUUUAUGUAUGCUGCUCAGUAAAUAAACUUGAGUCAUUUCUUGUCA